GGGAAAACUACUCGCUUACUGCACUUGAAAGUUCGAGAGUGGGACCUGGAGAGAACGGCAUGGCUUUCGUACUAUCCCCUCUCGAUAGAGAACUAUCCAAUAAAACCAUAAAUGAGAACGGUUUUAGUGUGUAUGUUAGUGGGACAAUCAAAACAGAUAGAUCUAUUAAAGAUAUUCGCCAUCCACGUUGUAAUGGAAAACUAUAUUCUAGCAACCUUCCUACUGCUUCAGUGAUUAUCCCUUAUUUUGAAGAGCAUUGGGAGACUCUUCUACGCACAGUCGCAUCUGUUUUGAAUCGAGCUCCUUCAGGACUAAUCAAGGAAAUAAUUUUGGUUGAUGAUGGAAGUUCACGAAAAUAUCUGAAAGAUGAACUUGAUAAUCAUCUUGCAACUGCGUAUCCAAGUGGUAUAGUACGUGUAAUUCACCUGGAACAGAGGGGAGGUCUUAUUCGAGCGAAAACAGCGGGCGCCAGAGAAGCUACUGGAGAAGUGCUCAUUUUUCUGGAUUCUCAUUGUGAAGCAGGAAUAAACUGGCUUCCACCGCUACUUGAUCCAAUUGCUGCGAACUACAAAACUGUUGUUUGUCCAUUUAUUGAUGUAAUAGAUGCAGAUACCUUUGAAUAUCGUGCACAAGAUGAAGGGGCUCGGGGAGCAUUUGACUGGGAGUUGUACUAUAAGCGCCUUCCACGAUUACCAGAAGAUAGAUAUCAUCCCGAGGAGCCUUUUGAUAGUCCAGUGAUGGCAGGAGGUCUGUUUGCUAUCAGUGCGAAAUGGUUCUGGGAACUUGGAGGCUAUGAUCCUGGUCUUGUUAUUUGGGGUGGAGAGCAAUACGAGUUAUCGUUUAAGAUUUGGAUGUGUGGAGGGCGUAUGAUUGAUGCCCCGUGUUCUAGAAUAGGCCAUAUAUAUCGUAAAUACUCAACUAACUUUCCGAAAGCAGAAUUUGGGGACUUUGUUGGUCGUAAUUACAAAUGA